GGCGCGCGGAGCCCGCCGGGACCGCCGCGCGCCGAUCGCGCCUCCCAUGGUGCCCCGCGGCGGCUGAAUGGGGCAGAGCCAAGAUGGCGGCGGGCGCGGCGGGCGGCGGGUCCCUGUUCGAGUGCCCCAGCUGGGCAGGGAAACCACCACCUGGCUUACAUCUGGAUGUAGUCAAAGGAGACAAACUCAUUGAGAAACUCAUCAUUGAUGAGAAGAAAUACUAUCUCUUUGGGAGAAAUCCUGAUCUGUGUGAUUUUACCAUUGACCACCAGUCUUGCUCUCGGGUCCAUGCUGCCUUGGUCUAUCACAAACAUCUCAAGAGGGUUUUCCUCAUAGAUCUGAACAGCACACAUGGCACGUUCCUGGGCCACAUCCGUUUGGAAGCUCACAAGCCCCAGCAGAUCCCCAUCGACUCCACGGUUUCCUUCGGCGCCUCCACGCGCGCGUACACGCUGCGCGAGAAGCCGCAGACGCUGCCCUCGGCCGUCAAGGGGGACGAGAAGAUGGGGGGUGAGGAUGAGGAGCUGAAGGGUUUGCUGGGGCUGCCAGAGGAGGAGACAGAGCUGGACAAUCUGACAGAGUUUAAUACAGCCCACAACAAAAGGAUCUCCACACUGACCAUUGAGGAAGGGAACUUGGACAUCCAGAGGCCAAAGCGAAAACGGAAGAACUCCAGAGUGACGUUCAGUGACGAUGAUGAGAUCAUCAACCCGGAGGACGUGGACCCGUCUGUGGGGCGGUUCAGGAACAUGGUACAGACAGCAGUGGUGCCUGUUAAGAAGAAGCGCCUGGAGAACGCGGGCUCGCUGCCCCCGGACGAGUCGGCGUCGCGGCGCAUGCAGAGCUUCCCCUACAGCGGAGGAUUGUACGGGGGGCUGCCCCCCACGCACAGCGAGGCGGGCUCGCAGCCCCACAGCGUGCACGGCACCGCGCUCAUCGGGGGGCUGCCCAUGCCCUACCCCAACCUCGCCCCCGACGUGGACUUGACUCCAGUUGUGCCCUCCACAGUGAACAUGAACCCAGCUCCAAACCCCGCUGUCUUCAACCCCGAAGCUGUGAAUGAACCCAAGAAGAAGAAAUACGCCAAGGAGGCCUGGCCGGGCAAGAAGCCGACCCCGUCCCUGCUGAUCUGAGCUGGGCUGAGGGAGGGUAGGAGUUACAACUCCAGAAACUUUUCAUGUGCGGUAUCGUCUUUUUAAAAUUUCAGUGUCCUAACAGAUGUAAUACCAAGAUUGGAGGAGUGAAAUAUCCUUUAAAGAUCUGUCUUCAAAUGUUUUUAUAUGUCUGUUAUAAAAAAAAAAAUACAGCUCCCGUCUCCUUUUGAACCAAAACCCCUACAGCCUUUUCUUAGCCACCACUGUCCCAGAGGUCUUUGUGCUGAGUUUGGAUCCACAAGUCAAAGGGGCAGUCACACAAUUUCCUUAUCACUAUGGCAUGACCCUGCAGGUCCGUGUAUUUCAGUGCUGGGCUCCCUGUGGUGACACUGUUCCUGCUGGACAUUCUCACAGCAGGGCAGCUCUGUCAGGAGGAAAUGUUUGUGGGGCCAAGCCUUGCAGAAUGCCAUUGGAAGGAGUUGUAGAACUUGCAGAGUAUAGGUCAGCUUUUAUUUUUUAUAUUUUCAAAACCCCACCAAUGUGGGGCAUUGUCUUUUUUAUUAUUAUUAUUUUUAGUUUGGCUGCAGCUUGUUUUGAUUUCCACAUAAAACACUAGAUCAUCCCAUGAACAGAUAAGCAGGGAAGCAGGUGGGUUCCUUAGCUUUGUUCCAGUGCUGCAGAGUGGGGUCUGUGGGAUGGAUACAGGGUGCAAACAGUGGGGGCAUCCGACAGGAUCAGGCACUGUGCACUGUGCCGUGGUGACUCCCCUGGAUAACUCAGGGUGAAGUUAACACAGGGGAGUUUCUUUCAGACUUGGUGGCCUCUGUAACUCAAAUAGUUCCAUUUUUGUUUGCAAAUGGAACUUUUAAGUUUAGAGUGUAUGAGAUUCAUCAAGACAAAAAGCUGGGAGGACUGGUAUGUUCCCCACACACUAAUAUUUUGGCUGCUGGAAACUGCAGGUGAGAAUUGAGUGCUACUGAGAGCCAGAAUAGGAAUUCUCAGUGGGCUUGGGUUGUUGCUCAAGCCCUUUAGUUCCUUGGAUUUAUAUUUGAAAAUGAUUCACAUAUUCAGACAUAUUGUGGCUGUGCUUUAUGCAAGGUAAGGCCAGAGCUUUAUUCUUAAGUUUACUCUAGAUUUUUGUACACACUCUAAUACAGUUCAGCUAUAAGUCACAUUCCUUUGCAGUUUGGGGGAUCCAGGAAAUGUGCACUGAAAUGAGAGCAUGUACCUGGCUGUUCACUGUGUGCAGGACUGCAGCAACUUGGGGAGGCAGUGCCAGGUUGUUGGGGCUGGGCUGUGUUUCCAGUGAGCUGGGAAUGCUGGAUGGUGCUGGAUCAGAGCUCUGUGCCAGGGAGAUGCUGGAUAGUGCUGGAUCAGAGCUGUGUUCCAGGGAGAUGGGAAUGCUGGAUCAGAGCUGUGCUCAAGUGAGCUGGGAAUACUGGAUGGUGCUGGAUCAGAGCUGUGUUCCAGGGAGAUGGGAAUGCUGGAUCAGAGCUGUGCUCCAGUGAGCUGGGAAUACUGGAUGGUGCUGGAUCAGAGCUGUGUUCCAGGGAGAUGGGAAUGCUGGAUCAGAGCUGUGCUCCAGUGAGCUGGGAAUGCUGGAUGGUGCUGGAUCAGUGCUGUGUUCCAGGGAGAUGCUGGAUGGUGCUGGAUCAGAGCUGUGUUCCAGGGAGAUGCUGGAUGCACCAGACCCAUUUCAGACAGAUGCCCCAAAAUCUGUGAGUUCUGCUCCAUGGUGAUUGCUUCUAUCAUGUCCCUGAGGUGGUAGCAGGCAGCUGCCCAGCUCACAAGAGCCAUGGCUUGAGAGACUGCUCUGUUCCCUCCCCACACCAUCACAUCCAGCUCAGACUAUUCCUUGUGUGGAUUCAGCAGCUGCUCCAUGAUCCAGCUGUGCUGCUCUGUGUUUUAAGUUGCCAUUGAUGGUUCAGCUGUUGGGCAUUUGUUCUGCUUCCUAGUGCUCCCACAAUAACUCUUCCUCUUUAGUCUGGCCUCUACAAUUCUCAUUUCCCAGCCAGUUGCUUUCUGAAGGCAACUCUUUAGAGUAAGACUAGUCAGGACAAACAAAAGUUGAGCAGGUUCCCUUCUUUUUCUUUUGGGUUUUAUUUUGGGGGGAAGAGGGUUGGGUUGGGGGUUUUUGGAAUUUUGUUUUUGUAAGUGGCUCUUUGCAAGAUUUUUCUUGACAAGGGAAACUUCACUGCUCAUUUUUUAAAGCUCUUCUCCUCUCAGACUCUGAACCAGCUCUUAUUAUUUCAGAGCUUAGGGGCCACAGCUGGCCACGAGGGGACAGGAACAUCGAGGGGCUUUGUACAGACAUUUGUACACUUGUGUAAUAUGUAAUAGGCCUUUUCACACUUCUGUUGAGCUUUUUACCUGUAACCUUUACUAUGGUUGUAAAUUAAAUGCAGAUUUUGCCAGGUU